AUGGCUGCUCGACGAAGAGGCCGCCGCACAGGGAAGCGCGACUCCGCGCAUGCCUCUGGAGUCGAAGCCGGGCAAGUCCCCGCGGAGGAAAUGUUUCAAGAUCAAAAAGAAGAAGAAAACGCGAACAAGCCAGGCGAGUCAAAUCUCUUGCCUUCCCCUCGUGACACUUAUGUUUCUCUCGUCUCUUCCGGCUCUCCGUCUCCUUCCUCUUCGUCUUCCCCUCCUCUGUUCUCGUCCUCGUCUCCUUCCUCUGCCUCUCUUCCAGCUCCUGCUCUUUCUUCUCCUUCUCCUCUCUCUUUUUUCUCUCCUUCCUCUUCUUCUGUUUCUUGCUCGGCUCCUCUCUACGUAGCAUUUGCAAGCCAGACAGGCACUGCGGCAGAGGCGGCGCGCGACCUCGGACGAGAGCUCCUUCUUCUGUGGAAAGACAAGGCCGGACACAAGACGUCUUCGUCUUCUACUUCGUCUUCUUCUUUCCCUCCGCCUGCAGUCGUCAGAGUCGACGACCUGCUUCUUCUUCUCCCCGCGCUUCGCCGCUGCUCGGCCUCCACGGCGCCGUCCCCAGUGGAGGCGAAUCCCCUGAGUUCCGCUGCAUUUGUCCAGAGAGAAGAAGCCGUAGUGGUGUUCGUCGUCUCGACGACAGGCUACGGCGAAAUGCCAGAGAAUGCGCAGAAAUUCUGGCGGCUUUUGCUGAAGGCGUCGCUCCCGUCUGACUUCCUCUCCAGUCUAAAGUUUGCCGUCUUCGGCCUGGGCGACCGUCUGUACAAACAGUUCAACUUUGCAGCUCGCAAGCUGCAGAUGCGUCUGAAGCAACUGGGUGCUCAGGAAGUGUACAGAAUUGGUUUAGGAGAUGACCAACACGACUUCGGGUACGAGGGCGAAUUCGAUCCCUGGUUAUCGGGUCUUCUCCCUUCCCUUGUCUCUCUCUACUCCCCGUCUUCCUCUCUCUCCGUUUCUUCUUCCUCUUCCUUUUCUUCUCUCUCUGAAGCCAAGCAGCUCCCGCCGUCUCUCUACAGUGUCCGCGUGCUUCCCGACAAAGACGAAACGGACGAGAACAGAGACGUGAGAGAGGAGAAGCAAGAAGAAAACAUGACGAAGAGAGAAGAAGAGAGACAGAAAAGAGAAGAAGAGAGAGAAGGCGUUCUUCUUGCAUCUCCGCUGAUGAAAGAAAUCUACGAAAAAGGCAUUUGUGAGGAACGCGGAGAACAUGGCCCGCAGCGUGGCUCAGACAUCUUCGGCCGUGUCGUUUCCAACAAACGACUGACGCCAGUUUCGCACUUCCAGAAAAUCCAUCUUCUUCAGCUCGCGGUCCCGCGUCGCAGCAUGCGUGCGGCGCUUGCCUUGUCUCGUGGGCAAGCCUUGCAAGAGAAAGAAGAGAGCGCGUCGGACGAUGAGGUUGAAGAGACGCUCUUUACUCCCGGCAGCGUUUGCUCGAUUUCUCCGCUUCUACCGCCACGCCUCACGCUCGCGUUCCUGGAUGCCCUGAAUCUCCCCGUGCAUGCGCGCUUGCAGCUCCGCCGCGGCGACGCGCCUGCCGUCCUCACGGGAGAAGAACAUCGUGAAGAGACGGGGGAAAACACAGCAGAAGAAGCGCAGGAAAAUCAGAAAAGACACGAACAACAGACAGACGUGGUUGUCAAGGCCCUGGACCUCUUCACGCAGGUCGUGGACGUGUCUGGAAGGCCGUCUCGGUUUCUCCUCAAACUCCUCGCGACCUGGAUUCCCCACCCUCUCUUGAAGGAAAAACUGCUCUUCCUUUCGUCCCGAUCUCUUGAAGCGAAAGAUGAAUUCUGUGCCUACUGCCGAGACGAACGACGCACAAUCGCCGAAGUCUGCUGGGACUUCUGCUGCAACGCCGACAGAAGCUCUCCUGAGAAUGGUUCAGAUUCCUCCUCUUCUUCUGCCUCCUCUUCUUCCUCCUCUUCCUCUGCAUCUGGUUCUUCCGCUUCAUCUUCUUUGUCUUCACCGCCGCUGUCAGACAUUGUCAGUGCUUUGCCGUUGAUUCAGCGCCGGAAAUACUCGAUCGCAAAUUGUGUGUUCCUUCCGCGUUCAGAGGAGUCCAAGCGACGUCGAGGAGAGACGGAGAGAGAGAAGAGACAGAACGAAACAAGAGAGACAGAGAACUUAGUGUCUUGUGCGGGAGACGCGAGUCGAGCACAGAACGCGAAAGGCGUUCGCUGGCUUAUGGCCUCGCCGUUCCUGCUGCGCAUGCAUGCGCCGGGUCUCUUCCUGUGGCUGAGCGCCGAGAGCCGCGCGCGGUUUAUGGACACCCUGGUCUCGGCGGAGGAAAGCCGAGAGGAAAGCUCGCAGGACGACGUGGUGGUGGACAUUUGCUUCUCCGUCGUCGAGUCGGAGACUGUCUCUCUGCGCCGAUGCCUCGGCAUUUGCUCCUCUUUUCUCGCCGAGUUGCCAGUCGGCUCGUUGUUGCCGUUUUCAAUUGAGGCGUCGAAGUUGCCAGCGAGUUUCUUCGAUUUGAAAACGCGCUUGAUUCUCAUUUCUCCAGGGACUGGCGUCGCGCCGGUUCGCUCGCUUAUUCAGCAGCGCCACGCAGCCUGGCUGUCUGAAUCGGCGGGGAAAAGAGUCGACGCGAACACGAGAGCGGCCGUCUCGAGUUUCUCCGGUGAAAAGGCAGGCCGCAGGAAAGACGGAGACGCCACACACAGCGAAAGGGACUUGUUGUUCCUCGGCUUCCGGCAUGAACGCGCAGACUUCCUUUUCGCAGAAGAGUGGAAGACCUUCUUGCCCUGGCUCGACGUCCGGGUGGCUUUCUCGCGAGAUGGGGUGUACAGACACCUCGGCGCAGAGCCAGAAGGUGCAGCGGGCUCGACGGCUCGGCGCAUCAGAGACAAAACGAAGAUCUAUGUGCAGGAUCUUCUGGAAGAAGCUCGUGACCAGGUCGCUUCACUGCUAAUCGAGUCGGACGCUGCCGUGCUGAUCUGUGGUCGAGCGCAUCCUAUGCCAAGCCAGGUGGAGGAAACCCUCGUCGAAAUUCUUGAGACUUCGAGAGGCUUCUCCACAGACGCUGCCCGGCGUUUUCUUGCCGACAAAAAACGCAGAAAAAGAUACGUCUGUGAUACUUGGGGAUAG